GUGGAAAACCAUGAGUUCCUUGUAAAACCUUCAUUUGAUCCUAACUUGAGUGAAUUAAGAGAAAUAAUGGAUGACUUAGAAAAGAAGAUGCAGUCAACAUUAGUAAGUGCAGCCAGAGAUCUAGGCUUAGAUCCUGGCAAACAGAUUAAACUGGAUUCCAGCACACAGUUUGGCUAUUAUUUCCGAGUAACGUGCAAGGAGGAAAAAGUCCUUCGUAAUAAUAAAAAUUUCAGUACUGUAGAUAUCCAGAAGAAUGGUGUUAAAUUUACAAACAGUAAACUGACUUCUCUCAAUGAAGAGUAUACCAAAAAUAAAACUGAAUAUGAGGAAGCCCAGAAUGCCAUUGUUAAAGAAAUUGUCAAUAUUUCUUCAGGCUAUGUAGAACCGAUGCAGACUCUCAACGAUGUGUUAGCUCAGCUGGAUGCUGUUGUCAGCUUUGCUCAUGUGUCCAAUGCAGCACCUGUUCCAUAUGUACGGCCAGUCAUUUUGGAAAAAGGUCGAGGGAGAAUUACACUGAAAGCAUCCAGACAUGCUUGUGUUGAAGUUCAAGAUGAAGUCGCAUUUAUUCCUAAUGAUGUUCACUUUGAAAAAGAUAAACAGAUGUUCCACAUCAUUACUGGUCCCAAUAUGGGAGGGAAAUCAACAUAUAUUCGCCAGACUGGGGUGGUAGUUCUCAUGGCCCAGAUUGGGUGUUUCGUGCCGUGUGAGUGGGCAGAAGUGUCCAUUGUGGACUGCAUCUUGGCCCGCGUAGGGGCUGGCGACAGUCAAUUGAAAGGAGUCUCCACGUUUAUGGCUGAAAUGUUAGAAACUGCUUCUAUCCUCAGGUCUGCAACCAAAGAUUCCUUAAUAAUCAUAGAUGAAUUGGGAAGAGGAACCUCUACCUAUGAUGGAUUUGGAUUAGCGUGGGCUAUAUCAGAGUACAUUGCAACAAAGAUCGGUGCUUUUUGCAUGUUUGCAACCCAUUUUCAUGAACUUACAGCCUUGGCCAAUCAGAUACCAACUGUUAAUAAUCUACAUGUCACAGCACUAACUACUGAAGAGACUUUAACUAUGCUUUAUCAGGUGAAGAAAGGUGUCUGUGAUCAAAGUUUUGGGAUUCAUGUUGCUGAGCUUGCUAAUUUCCCCAGGCAUGUGAUAGAGUGUGCUAAACAGAAAGCCCUGGAGUUGGAGGAGUUUCAGAAUAUUGGGAAACCACAGGAAUGUGAUGGACUGGAACCAGCAGCAAAGAGGUGCUAUCUGGAAAGAGAGCAAGGUGAAAAAAUUAUUCAAGAGUUUCUAUCCAAGGUAAAGCAAGUGCCCUUUACUGAAAUGUCAGAAGAAAGCAUCACAAGAAAGUUAAAACAGCUAAAAGCUGAGGUGAUCGCAAAGAAUAAUAGUUUUGUAAAUGAAAUCAUUUCCCGAAUAAAGGUAACUGCGUGAGUAAAUUCCACGAAUGGAAUGAAGAUAAUAUUGAUAAGCUAUUGUUUGUAAUGCUUUUGUAUUGUUUUAUAUUAACCCCUUUUCCAUGCUGUUGGCAAUUGAUGCCCAUGGGGUAUCAAAUUAGUAAAAUAUUUAGUAUACUUUGCUCUCCCUGAGUAUAUUUUCAAAAAUCUUUAUUUUGAAAAAUGAAAGCUGUAACUGAGGAAUACGUAAAUGGACAUAGGCAAUAGUAGGCAAUAUGUUGAAUAUUAUAAAUAAAAUCAUGUAUUAGUUUUUAGAAUUUGAUAUGUGUUGUAUUUCUUUGUAAUAAGACUUUUACACAUUUUUCCAUAUUCCUGAAUGGUAAGAAACAGGUAGGCUAGAGACUUGUAAAAAAGCAAGGGAUCUUAAGGCUGGAAGGAACUCAUGAAACUCAUUUCCAGUGUUUCCGCAGUGUCCAUCUGUUGGCAGGAGCCAGAUUGGCUGCUUGCACCUCAGCUAAGGAACUUAUGAAUCCAGAGUCCUGGUGUGAUCCUCCAUCCCAUCUGGCAUUCUCCCACCUCCGGUCUGUGAUGAGACUUAGAAACCUGGAUUUUAACAAAAUCUUUCGGAUUGAAUCCCGAUUUAAGGGAGAGGUUAAUAAGAGUUUAAUUGCUGGUCCUGCUGAACACCGGAAGGACAGCCUUUUUAAUAAAUGGUGAUAGGAUGAUAGGGUAUUCAUAUAGGAACAAAAUGAAAUCAUACCUCUAUUCCAUAUCCUAUAUAAAAAUUAACUUCAGUGAAUUUUCUACCUAAAUGUAUAUAGAAACACAACCAAGUUUUUUAUGUUGUAGUUCUAUGGGAAAUGAUAUGGGGAAAUAUUUUUAUGACUAUUUGGGAAAUAUGAAAUUGCUUUGGAAAGGAUUUCUUAAGUCAAAUAUGUUCCAUUAAGUUUGACAUGACACACUUAGCUAUAUUGAAAUUGGGAAAUGAUUUUCAUUAAAAGAUGUCACAAAGUGAAAAGACUACAGGUGACCAUUGAACAACGUGGGGGUUAGGGACAGUGACUCCGCCCCCUCCCCCCGCCCCCGUGCAGUUAAAAAUCCACAGAAGACUUUACAGUCUCUCCAUAUCCACAGUUGUGCCUCCACAGAUUCAGCCAGCUGUGUAUCAUAUGGUGUUACAGUACAUAUUGAAAAAAAUCCAAGUAUAAACAGACCCACACAGUUCAAAUCAGUGUUGUUCAAGGGUCAGCUAUAGAUCCAUAAUGGAGAACAUAUUAGUACCACAUAAAAUAUCAAAGGAUUUGUAUUCAGAAUAUAUAAAGAACUAUAAAAAUAACUAAACAGACAUGACUCAAUACUGCCCAUUAACAAAAAGGCAACCCAGUUAAAAGGCAAAGGUCUGAAUAGAUAAUUUUCCAAGGAAGAUAUGCAGAUGGACAAUAAGCACAUGAAAAGAUGCAAAAUGUUAUCAGGGAAAUACACACUAAAACCACAGUGAGCUACCACUAGGAUAGCUACAAUCAAGCCAGAUAAACAGUGUUGAGGAUGUGGGAGAUUGAAACUCUCCUGCACUGCUAUGAAAGUGUAAAAUGGUGUAGUCACUUUUGGAAAACAGUUUUUCCUCUAACAGUUAAACAAUAGUUACCAGAUGACCCAGUAUUUCCAUUUCUAGGUAUAUAUCUAAGAACAACAUGUUUGCACAAAAAACUUGUACACAAAUGCUUAUAGCAGAGUUAUUUAUAAUAGCUAAAAAGUAGUAGAAAGUACGCAAAUGUCCAUCAAGGGAUUAAUGAAUGGAUAUACAAAAUGUAGGAUAUCCAUAUAAUAGACUAUUAAUUGACUAUGAAAGGAAUGAAGGACUGAUACAUGCUAAAGCUGGGAUAAGCCUUGGAAACAUUAGUGAAGAAGCUAGUCUCAAGAGCCUACAUAAUAAGUGAUUCAGUUCAUGUGAAAGUCCGGAAUAGGGAAAGCUAUAGAAAGAAAAGUAUUAAUACAGAUUAGCAUAGAGCUAGGGGGCUGGGAAUGGAUGGCUAGGGAGGUGACAGCUUAAAGAUUUGGGGUUUCUUUUUGCGAUGAAAAUGUUCUAAAUGGUAAUGGUUGCAUAUAUCUGUGAAUAUGUCUAAAAAGCAUUGAAUCAUAUACUUUAAAUGGGUGCAUUGUAUGAUGUCAAUUAUAUCUCAAUAAAACCUUUUUAAGUUUAAAA